ACAGUGACAAUUUACCAGUCAGUACACUUGUCCUCAGUUACCAGUAACAGCAACAUCAAACUAGUAAUGUGUCGUUUUACAAUAAACUUUUACCGUGCUUUUGUCAGUUACUUUCUUCUUAUUUACGUCAAUUACAACAUUACGCCAGUUCACUCAGCAUAUGCUGAACUGUGGAACGCUACGUGGGUCGAUAGACUAAAGCGGGAUUUGCUUUCUAAGUAUGAUAAAUUUGCUAGACCGGCGCAACAUUUUAAUGCUACUCGUGUUUUUUUUGGCAUGACCAUCAAUCAUAUUUCAGUGGAAGAGUUUAAGUCUGCUAUUAGCGUUCAAGCAUGGGUUAGAAUGGUUUGGACGGACGAUAAGCUAAAAUGGAAUGCUUCAAAUUAUGGUGGACUCGGUAGACUCCAAGCUGGCAGCCAUGAAGUGUGGCAACCAGACAUCAUUCUCUACAACAGCAUAGCGAUAUCAUCAGUCGAGCACUACGGGGACACGCAUUGUCACAUAUACUCUGACGGAACGGUGAUUUGGGUGCCACCGACCCACUUCCUCGCUCUGUGUGACCUCGACCUUCGACUGUGGCCCUUUGACACCCAGAUCUGUCAGCUGAAACUCGGCUCGUGGUCCUACUCAGGAAACCAAAUAGACUUGAGACUGAACAACAAUUCCCUUGAAGGCACUAUCAAUUUGGUGGACAACACAGAGUGGCGUCUGGUCGACGUUACCAGGCUACGAAACGUCACCACUUAUGAAUGCUGCAAAGAUGAACCGUAUAUUCAUCUUGUAUUUACGCUGACUAUCAAGAGAAAUGCUCCGCUUUACAGCUCAGUAUUUCUCACCCCCGCAGCUGCUAUAGUCAUCAUGUGUCUAGUGAAUUUUUGGUUACCAGCACAGAGUAAAGAAAAAUUGUUGUUAUGUGGAGUUAAUGUUAUUGUAAUAUCGUUAUUUUUAAUUUAUUUUGGAUACAGAAUACCACCGCACUCAACAAAUUCACCAUUACUUGUAAGCUUCUACAGUGGUUGUCUAUAUCAAGUGACAAUAUCUCUAGUUAUUUCAGCAAUAGUAAUAAACUUAUCGCGGAGGCCAUACAGUCGACCACUCCCACGACAUCUAAAAAAAAUUCUCGUUGGUUGGCCUGGAAGAUAUUUAGGUCUGAGCGACCUCAUCCAAGCGAUCCAGUCUGAGUACUCUGCUGGAGAACAAGAGCUCAGAGAAAGUCAAGGCGUUGAUUCUUCCUCCGUCUACGCCUCAAAUCUGAUAUCCACGUGCUCCGAAAACGGCGACCGGGAGAACAUUAUUUCAUCUCCGGUUAACGUAACUCAGUUGGAAUGGAUUCUCCUCGCGACGGCCAUAGAUCGGUCCUCAUUUUUAGUCUUCUGUAAUAUUUUUAUCCUGAUGGCGAUAUCGUGUUUGUCCUGA